CUCAAGUGCAAAAACUGCGGGGCCUUUGGCCACACGGCCAGAAGUACCAGGUGCCCCAUGAAGUGCUGGCAGGCAGCCCUGGUUCCAGCGACCUUGGGGAAAAAGGAAGGGAAGGAAAACCUGAAACCAUGGAAGCCCCAGGUUGAAGCCAACCCGGGGCCCUUGAACAAGGAUAAGGGAGAGAAGGAAGAGAGACCAAGGUGAGCAGUGGGAGGGGUUUUCACCACUCUUAGGGUACUGCCUCCUAAGGACAUGGUGUCUCUGCACCUGCACACCGUGUGCCUUUCCGUCUCCGGGCCAGGGAAGGAACGCUGCAGAGAAAUAGGCCGGAGCUCCGUGUCCUCCGGGGUUCCACACCCAGGAGCUCCUUUGGCUCUGGGAGAUUCAGGGACGGGGAGAGGCGGGGGCGCUUCGUGCAGGUUCCCCACGACAGGGGGAAAGGCGAUGGAAUCCAAAUCACAGUCCUUAGUUGGGAAGCCUAGAGGGCCACCUGGGGGACGGGAAGGUUGGCACGUGAGGGAAGGUGCAGAGGCGGAAAGGGCACCAGAUGUCCAUUUCUGUAUCACAAAACACGGAACGGGGCUGGGCCCCACACAGGGUUCUCCCUGUCUCCUGGGGAAAACCAGGAGAACAGAAAACCUUUUUCUGUUCUGCAGGCAACAAGACCCGCAGAGGAAGGCUCUCCUCCACAUAUUUUCUGGGAAACCUCCAGAGAAGCCGCUGCCGAAUCGAAAAGGAUCCACGGAAUCUUCUGAUUAUCUGAGGGUUGCAAGCGGGCCAAUGCCGGUCCACACAACCAGUAAGAGGCCGCGCCUGGGCCCUGUCCUCGCUGAUCGCUCAGCUACCGAAACGUCUGACAGGGGCUCCGUCUUGGCUUCGCCGUCUCCCCUCAGAAAAGCCAGUCUGAGCUCCUCCUCAAGUCUUGGACCAAAGGAAAGACAGACAGGGGCUGCGGCCGACAUCCCUCAGCCUGCAGUCAGGCAGCAGGGCCCCGAGCCUCUCCUCGUGGUGAAGCCGACACACAGCAGCCCUGAGGGUGGCUGCCGAGAAGUUCCCCAGGCUGCCUCCAAAACCCACGGCCUGCUCCAGGCCAUCAGACCCCAGGCACAGGACAAACGUCCUGCGGUGACCUCACAGCCCUGCCCGCCAGCCGCCACACACAGCUUGGGCCUAGGCUCCAAUCUCAGCUUCGGGCCAGGAGCCAAGAGACCUGCCCAGGCUCGGAUUCAGGCUUGCCUGAACUUCCCCAAGAAACCGAGACUGGGUCCCUUCCAGAUCCCCGAAAGCGCCAUCCAGGGAGGUGAGCUGGGGGCCCCGGAGAAUCUCCAACCUCCGCCAGCCGCAACCGAACUUGGACCAAGUACGUCGCCCCAGAUGGGCAGGAGGACACCCGCCCAGGUGCCCAGCGUCGACCGGCAGCCUCCGCACAGCAGACCUUGCCUGCCUACUGCCCAGGCCUGCACCAUGUCCCAUCACCCAGCGGCCAGCCAUGAUGGGGCCCAGCCUCUCACAGUGCUCUUCCGGAGACUGGAAAACGGACGCUGGAGCUCCAGCCUCCUGGCGGCCCCCUCAUUUCACUCUCCUGAGAAGCCGGGAGCCUUCCUCGCUCAGAGCCCUCAUGUGUCAGAGAAGUCUGAGGGUCCCCGUGUUCGUGUCCCACCGAGCGUCCUCUAUGAGGACCUUCAGGUUUCCUCCUCCUCAGAGGACAGCGAUUCUGACCUGGAGUGAGACUGCAGGUGGCAGGGGCUCCUUGGCCUCCAGCUCCCGUGACUUGGAGGGGACUGUGGGACUGAGGAGUGCAGAGCAGAGAGCAGACUCUGUGCGGUGACUCCGAAGCUCCCCGGCUGUGGCGCUUCUGUGGAUGUGGGAGCCCAGGCCAGGCAGGGAGCAGAUGCAGGGACUCUGCCUCAUUGAAUUCUGGUGAGGGACGUUGUAGUUCGCGUGGUUCUCCGGAAACGCGCCAGGAAAAGCUUCCGUGCCAGAGAUUCGUUGCCUCAGAAACUGCGUGACGCGCAGGAGUCAGACUUCCGCUGGGACGUCAAUAGGAAACUGGGGAAUUACUGUGUAUUUGCUCUCUAGAUGACUGAAUAAGGGAAAAGUUAGGGAACCCUGAGAGGUGCAGCCCUUCCGCUGUGCCCCGCCCUGAGAGCAGUGUUUCGGACGCUGGGAAGCGUGCUGUGCAGAGCGCUCUCGGGGUCUUUCCUCAGCCUCGAAAACUGGGCUGUGGAAUGCCUUUGUACAUGUGUGUGUUUAAUUGGUUUUGAAGUGAAUAAAAUUCUCAAAAAGAUGACAUAUUGUCUUUUGACUCUCAUUCCGUGUUUGUGUUUAACUGAUUUUCCGAGUGAAGGGGUGGCCUGCCCCUCCACACCUGUGGGUGUUUCUAGUCGGGUGGGAUGAGAGACGGAGAGAAGAAAUAAGACACAGAGACAAAGUAUAGGGAGACAACAGUGGGUCCAGGGGACCGGCACUCAGCACACCAAGGACCUGCACCGGCACCGGCCUCUGAGUUCCCUCAGUUUUUGUUGAUUAUGAUUUUCAUUAUUUCAGCAAAAAGGAAUGUAGUAGGAGAGCAGGGUGAUAAUAAGGAGAAGGUC